CUUGACAUUUUUCAUUAUAUGUCGGUGUAUAAACAAUACGCUUUGCAAAUUAAACUUGUAAAGUAAUUUGACGAAAAUGUUCCGAAUGUUCAUCAGAACCCUUGCGUCAGCUCCUAGAACUAAAAAAACACCGAUUCCCGUAUUUGGAUUGGAAGGCCGCUACGUGAACGCCCUCUACAGUGCCGCUUCACAAAAGAAUGAGUUAGAAAAAGUCGAGAAGAGUCUCCGUGACCUUCAAAAGGUCCUACAUAAGCCAAGAAUAGUCGACUUCAUAGAAACCAGCUUGAUAUCACGAGCUGCUAAAUCUAAAUUACUGAUCAGUAUUGGGAAGGAAGCAGGUAUGCCGUCAACGGCAACCAACUUUCUAGGCAUCGUAGCCGAGAAUGGCCGUCUGAAGCAUUUGCGUCGAAUGAUAAACAUGUUCCUCGUUGUCAUGGUAGCACAUAGGAACGAAGCUCUGUGCGAAGUCAUCACAGCCGACCCUCUCGAUGACGCAACCAGAAAGGCAAUCACAGAUGUGCUAAAGAAGUUUGUAAAACCAGGGAAAAAUAUUCAACUCAAAGAAAUGGUCUCCGCUGAUGCUAUAGGUGGGGUUGUCAUUGGUUUUGAAAACCAACAUAUUGAUAUGACAAUAGCAAGCCGACUUAACAAGUAUCGCGAGUUACUAAAACAAGCUGUUUAGUUGAAUGUAAGUUCUA